AUGGCACCCUUCUCAUCCUCUUCAAUGUACAAUUAGGUUUGGGAAUCCACAUCUCCACAUCCACUUCUACAACACCAUGACCAACCUCGCCAAACGACGUAUGCCAUGCAAGAUCCACGCAUGCAAAUCGCCUCCAGCUGUACAGUUGCACGUUGACGGUCGAAAUGACGAGAGAGGGCACGGUCACUCCAGAACUUGGAUCCAAUAGUGUCACCAUCGACAUCUCCGUACAUCGCGGAAAAGGACACCCAUCCGGAGGCGGCGGCUCGAUUCUGAAGCAUGAAUCCAAUAAUGUCGAGUUUCGAGGACUACAGCAGGGCACCAGGGGUUGA